AGGAGGUUUAUCCCCAACCCCAAAGAGAAACACCACGCGAGCCGCUCUUCUCCCCCCACUGCGGCCACCAAGCUCCGGCGAAAUGGACGCCAAGCUGCUGCUGCUCCCCUUCCUCCCUUCCCCCCUCCACCCGCCGCAGCAGGCGACGCCGCCGCCCAAGUCCCUCUUCCUCGGCGCCUCCCUCCCGCUCCGCCCGCUCUCCUCCCCGCCGCCGCCGCUCCGCACGCGGCGGCUCGCGUCCGUGGUGGCGCAGGCGGCCGCCGUGAAGCGCCGCAAGGAGGUCCCCUUCGACAACGUGAUCCAGCGGGACAAGAAGCUCAAGCUCGUCCUCAAGCUCCGCAACAUCCUCGUCUCGCACCCGGACCGCGUCAUGAGCCUCCGGGACCUGGGCCGCUUCCGCCGCGACCUCGGCCUCACCCGCAAGCGCCGCCUCAUCGCGCUCCUCAAGCGCUUCCCUGGGGUCUUCGAGAUCGUCGAGGAGGGGGUCUACUCGCUCCGCUUCCGCCUCACCCCGGCCGCCGACCGCCUCUACCUAGACGAGCUCUACCUCCGGAACGAGUCCGAGGGCCUCGCCGUCACCAAGCUCCGCAAGCUCCUCAUGAUGUCGCUCGACAAGCGGAUCCCGCUCGAGAGGAUCGCGCACCUCAAGAACGACCUCGGCCUCCCGCCCAACUUCCGCGACACCGUCUGCGUCAGGUACCCGCAGUACUUCCGUGUCGUCAAUAUGGACAGAGGACCCGGGCUGGAGCUCACGCAUUGGGACCCCGAGCUGGCGGUUUCCGCGGCGGAGGUCGCCGAGGAGGAGAAUCGGGUCAGGGAGGCUGAGGAGAGGAAUUUGAUCAUUGACCGCCCGCUCAGGUUCAACCGGGUGAAGCUGCCCAAUGGGCUGAAAGUGUCGCGGGGGGAGGCGCGGAGGAUCGCACAGUUCAGGGAAAUGCCGUACAUUUCGCCAUACGCCGACUUCUCGCACCUGCGGUCUGGCUCGCCUGAGAAGGAGAAGCAUGCUUGUGGGGUGGUUCAUGAGAUUCUAAGCAUGACGCUCGAGAAGCGCACGCUGGUCGAUCACCUGACUCACUUCCGGGAGGAGUUCCGGUUCUCGCAGUCUCUGCGGGGGAUGCUCAUACGCCACCCGGACAUGUUUUAUGUGUCACUCAAGGGGGAUAGGGACUCGGUGUUCCUCCGUGAGGCAUACAAGAACUCGCAGCUGAUCGAGAAGAGCCAUCUCGUGCUGCUUAAAGAGAAGAUGAGGGCUCUUGUUAUGGUUCCACGCUUCCCUCGACGGGGCGGGCCUAGGACUGGUGAGGAGACUGAGGGUGACAAUGGCGCCGUGCGAAGAUUGGAUGAAGGAAGCGACUCGGAAGAUGAUGAAAACGAUGAUUUUUCAGAUAUGGAAGAUUUGAUUGGUGGACUUUCUGGUGGCAAAUCCGAUAACGACUACCACUGGGGUGAUGGUUGGGUUGGCGAGAGUGAUGGCACGCCACCGGACUUCGGAGAUGGGGAUGACUCGGGUCCACAGGAAGUCAAGGUGACAGCGGAAAAUACAGACAAUUCUGACAAUGGCAUUCCUCUAUUGCCUGAUGGCAGAGAAAGGGAACGGUGGUAAAUUGAGCUAUUUUGAGAUUUAGUUCAUAGGGUUUUUAAUCUGUAUUACUGGCUCAUUUUAUCCUAUCUGAUCGCAAAGCCCUCUGUCUUUUGAUGUGCACUGCUGGCUAGUGUUCUGUAUCACCAAGCGCAUCAGUAGCAUUAGUUACAGUAACAUUUUGAUCAACCUGCAUGAUAACACUGAAAUUGUCUUAAUUGUGGAUUGUACUCCUGUGAUGUAUAAUCACAAUACACAUAUUUGUAAAACUAUAUUUCACAUGAAUGGCAGAUAGUCAUGGUCACAAAUUUA